AUGGCGAAGAAGAAGGAGGAGCAGAGGCCGCAGAAGAAGAAGAAGAGGAGAGGGAGGGAGAGGGAGAGGGAGAGGAAGAGGAGGAGAAGACGGACGGGGGCGAUGAGUCGGGAGAAGGUUCAGAUUGGGAAGCUGGCGGUCGUAGGGGACACGGGGGCAGCGCGGUCACGAAAGCGGGCGAGACGCACUGACACGGAAGUCCAAGAGGAAGAGGCUAUCCUCGAGGCCAUGGGGUCGCCUAGCCGGCCGCCUCGUCGGACGGGAGCAGCCGCCGCUAGCUCUAGAACGCGGAAGAGUAAUAACACGGGUGCGCGCUCGGUGGAUUUAAGAGAGGCAGCCGAGGCAGCCGAAGAAGAAGGGCACGUGUCCGACUCGGACAGCGCGCCGUUGGCUCACCGGCGGGCCAGCCGCCAAGAUCAUAGGGUGGCGACGGACAGCAGCGUGGACGAGGGAGGCCAAGGCGAAACGGUAGUACACAGGACCGCAUUGCGGCAGAGUGAGGAGGAGAAUCUGGAGACAAAUACCGCUGAUGAGCAGGGGCGCGAGGGCGAGGGCGAGGACGGGGAUGAAGAUGAAGAUGGCACUCCGUCGCGGGGGGAGGAGGAGGCUUAG